CGUACGUUGUGGAUCUACUAUUGUGACUUGAGGCUGUCGUACAAUACAACAUGCGUUCAUUUUACCGCCGAAGCCUGACUACAAUGAACGAGGGCUUGUUUCGUAUGGUUCUCCUAUUACUGGUGUCGACAAAUAUCGCAUCAGCCUCAAAAAUACUGGUGAUCGCUCCAACUGCGUCUAUUAGUCACCAGAAGGCGUUCCACGUUGUGACAAAGGCGCUACUAGAAAGAGGUCAUGAAGUUACCUUGUUUACAUCGGAUCCGCUCAAGAUAAAUCACCAGAAUCUAACCGAGAUCGACCUGUCUUCUUCAUAUAAACUGAUAAGGGAGUUAGACAUUAUAGGCCUGGCUAGCAAGACACCCCUGGACACUCUCUCUAUCAUGGUAAUCAUGCCAUCGCUGGUCAAGUCCCAACUGAAAGAGCCAGCAGUACAGGAUUUCAUCAGGAGAAACCAAACCUUUGACUUGAUGAUCAUCGAGCGUCUGUCUUACCAAGGUUACUAUGGACUGCACCACAAGGUUGGUUCCCCACCGCUCGUCGGCUUCGUGACGUUGUCUGCAUACUCGCCUUUGUAUUACGCCUUGGGUAAUCCCAUGAAUCCAGCCUACACCCCUGAAAUCUUGGUGGGCUUUUCUGAUCACAUGAACUUUUGGCAGCGCAUGUACAACACGUUCUUUGCACUACGUUUCCACUAUAUGUGGUUCUACGAACUACUUCCGCUACAAGAAACGAUUAUGAGGGAACAUUUCGGAGCGGAACCACCUUCUGUUUACGAAACGGAGCGCAACUACAGCCUACUCAUAGUCAACAACCACUUUACCACGGAGUAUCCACGGCCACAUCUACCGAGCGUCAUAGAAGUCACUGGACUCCACGUAUCGACCAAGGUUGAACGAUUACCAGAGAACCUACAGAAAUUCAUAGACGGAGCCGAACACGGCGUCAUCUACGUCAGUCUCGGAUCCAACGUCCGCAGCAACGCACUGCCCCAGGAGAAGUUCCAGGCUUUUCUGGAGGCGUUCAGACAGCUGCCGCAACGCGUCCUCUGGAAGUGGGAGAACGACACACUGCCUUCGCAGCCGGAGAACGUGAUGGUCAGCAAGUGGAUGCCACAACAAUCCGUGCUGGCUCAUCCAAACGUCCGCCUCUUCAUUACGCAAGGAGGUCUUCAGAGCAUGAAUGAGGCGACGUACCACGCUGUUCCACUUGUGGUCAUACCUUUCUUCGGCGACCAGCCGUUCAACGCCGCCAAGAUUUCGCAGGCGGAGAUUGGAGUCAGGCUGGACUACCCUGACCUCAGUAAGGACAACCUGCUGGCCGCCGUACGAACCGUUUUGGAGGAAUCAAAAUACAAAGAUAAUAUGAAGACGCUGUCGGCUGUGUUCCGCGAGCACAAGGCGGACUCGCUGGAGCGGGCGGUGUGGUGGAUCGAGUACGUGAUCCGCCAUAAGGGUGCCCCUCACCUGCGGAGCGCCGCUCUCGACCUGCACUGGUGGCAGCUGCUGCUGCUCGACGUCGUCGCCUUCCUGCUGGUGGGCGUCGCUCUCACACUCUACGUCGUCUACUCCGUCACGCGGCGGAUACUUUCCUUCUUCAAAGGCAGCAAACCGAACCAGAAACAGAAGAAACACUGA